GGCAGACCUGUUCACGCCAUUUGGUGUAUAGAACAGGGCCUGUUAUAUCUUGAGAAUUUUUAAUAUUUGGAUCAUAUUAUCUUGUAGAUAACCAUAGAAUACUCCUAAAUAGUAAUAACCGAACUACAACGAUUUGAUAGGAGAAGAAGUUAUUUUAGCUUUAGAAGUAAUUUUCAUCUAGGUGAGGUGAUCCAAAUUAAAAAAAUUCUUAAAACUUAUUUUGCACUUUAUCACUUUAGAUCGCUAAAUUUGAUUUUCCUUUACGAACAUUAAGUGUUGCUGAAUUUUUCCAUCAGUGAUUUGAGAAAAUUCGUCUUAAAAAAAUACCCUGCAGCUACCGAAAUAUUUCCCGCUGAAACAGUAUGAUCUGAGGCCUGGCUACAUAAAAGCAUUAAAUUUUUGUCCGAAGCGUCUUUACCCGAGGAAGGAAAGACUUAAAUUGCUUUAUUUUUUAAAGAAUGGCAGGAUCCGUGUGCAUAACUUACUUUAUUCAGUAAACUUGGUUGUGGUUGACAAAGCGCCAUUAGGCCUCGUUUAGAAAACUUUUCUGUACUAAAUUUUUGAAUUUAGAUUCGAAUAAAGGACCAGAGUUUAGGUUAUAUUUAAGUUUUCAUGACGCUAUUAUGGGUUGUGAUAUUAAUUUUAAAACGACGUGAAAUUUAUAAAAUGUAAGGGGGAAAUCUUUCAGGGCGAAAGUUAUCAAAGCAAGGCUCUUACAAGAUUUUUUACUGUUUGUCCUGAUAAACUUACGUUAAGAGGUCGUCUAUGUACAAACCGUACGAACAUCUCACAGUGACAAUGAAAGACUCGUUAUAUACGAAUCUAAAGUGAAAUCAUGGAUUCAAUUCAAAAGGAUACAUUUCUGCUUAAGCUUUAUUGAUGACCAUGUGUUUAAAGACAGUGCAAGAUGAUUUAGACGUAGGUAAUUCCCAAUCAAGCAGGCUGAGGAGCUACCUUAGGAACAUCAAUAAACGACCAAAACUUUGCAACAGACAGAUGUCCGAAAACUUUGCAAGGGAAAUGAGGUGUGCGAAUAUUUAAACUGUCCAACACUGGUCGAGUAACGGUUUGUUACUAUGGUCAUUUCUUAUUUAUCAAACUAACUGGAGUGCUGGGUGGAAAUGAUAUUAAUCCUACUCCUGAGUUAAUUUUCCUUUUUUUUAAUGCUCCUUGAGUAAAUGCUCCAGAUUGGUUGCAAAGCCUUUGGGAGUUAACAAUUGAAGAUUGAAGAUCAAGGUUAUUCAAUACGAAAGACGAUGUGCUGCAUUCAUUUUGCUUCGACCAAUCAAUACUUACCUUUUCAUCAUCUAAAGUAAAAACACUCUGGUGCCACCAUUUUGAACUUUUCCUUCCUUUAUAUGACAUGACUUCAUUCUCCCAAGCAAUCCACAAUUUAUCUGCCAUUGCUGUAUUAUCAAAAUAUCCAAUCGUUUCUUGAAACUGCCAUAAGGCUAUUAUUUCCUAUAUGCAGUCACGCCGAUUUGUUUAGACCAAUCUCAAGCAUAGCUUUAACAAACUACUCUCAGCCGACGUGUCCAUAUGCAACUGCUUAUGGCUGUUCAAUUCACUACGGUCGCGGCCGCUAACUGUUUUAUUCUGAGCAAGUGCAUUCGAACGCGUGCUUCGUUGAUUCGUAUUCCCAUUAACCAAAUUCGAUGAUCGCAACGAUUGUCAAUGCAGCAACCUAGCAUUCGUACAGUACAGUUAUCCGGAAUAUAAAUGUGACUCUUGUUGUUAAGUGCCAGUUCUGUGCCAGACAUGAUGGUGACCCCAUACUUGACGUUGUAACUUGCACCCAUGUUGCAUGCUGUCGUGCAUUUGAUUUCGAUGAGCUCCUAUUUGAGGCAGGUUUUCCUUCGCAUGUUUAGCAGAAUGGAAAGACGGAGACGCAAAAGUCUGAGCCUAGGGUCUGAUUGGUCUUACAGUGGAGAUCUUGGUCCUGAAAACUGGCACAAGAAUUUUCCAGUUGCAGCUGGAGAAAAUCAAAGCCCAAUCAAUAUAGACACUCAUGACGUCAUAUACGACCCAUCUCUUGAGGAUUUAAAGUUUUCUGGUUACCACUGUAAUGGCAAGACCGUCAACUUUCGACUAAGGAAUACAGGAUAUACAUUGAAGGUAGAUUUGCAUGGGGAUAUGCAUAUGAUCGAGGAUGGCAAUUGUUAUGAAGCUACUUCAAUCGUAUUUCACUGGGGGAGCGCUGAUGACCGAGGAUCUGAACACUUGCUUGACCAGAAGGCAUUUCCUAUGGAGAUACAGAUCAUGCACAAAAACAUAAAAUAUAGUGAAAAUGAAGAUGUUCUUUAUAAAUUGGAUGGAAUUAAAGCUCUUGCAGUUUUUGUAGAGGUAGGAGAAGAAGAACAUGACGGAUUAAAAAACAUCAUAAACCACUUGAAAAAUGUACAGUUUGCAGGACAAGAAUCUGACAUACCAGGAUUUUCAUUGGCAUUUUUGUUUCCAAAUGACACACAAAAAUAUUACAAAUACACUGGCUCACUAACAUCACCGCCGUGUAAUGAAUGUGUUAGUUGGACUAUUUUGAAUAACCCAAUAAAAAUAUCAGCAGGUCAGGUACGUGAUUUGCUUUUUUGUUGUAAAAACUUGCAGAGAUAUUAAAAAACUUAAAAGAGACCAUGAAAAUACAUUAUGAAAUAUUCUUAUUAAGGCUUGAGGUUAAAAAUAAGUUGCAAAUUUGCAAUUAUUAAUGUGCUCUCAUGAUUUAAAUAAAUAAAUCUUCUUCCAUCAGCUUGAGUCAUUCAGGUCUUUAAAGCAAACAAAGGACUCAGAUUUUCAAGUGCAACAAAUGUCAGACAAUUUCAGGCCAGUCCAAGGAAUGUUCAGGAGAAGGAUCACUGCAAGUUUACCGUUGCAAGAUAGUUUUUACAUUCAGGUCUAGCUGAUGAAUACCGGAACACUGCAAUACCAGAAAACUAUACUUGAAGUCAAACAUUAAGAAACAACAGGCACACACUUCUCAGUAAAAUGGUAAUUGCUAUAAAUCGUCCUUGUCUUUGCUGCUGUCUUUAAAUUGGGCUUUCAUAGUGAUACUUGUUGCUUUUUUGUUGUUUUCUUGCUUUAUAUAAUACUCUAGCCCAAUUCCUGCCAUCAUGGCUAAAAUCGUGCAUGAAUAAAUUCCUAUGGCUGUGUACCCAAUCCGUCUCUUCAGGUUUCCUGCGUAGCGAAAGGCAAAGAUUUUACCAGGAAAUGUACCCUCUCCUCCUUCCUUGAAUUGCUGCAUGUUUUUUGGGGGCUUCCUUCUUUAAAAUCGGUGAUAAAAUUGCAAAAAAUGGUUAAGCCUUAGAUGAUGUUAUUCAAAACAAAUUAGGUCAAUCCAUCCACAUUUAAAUAAAAAAUACCGUGAAAAACGCGCAACUCUUUCUCACCGACCAUACUCCCAUAAAUAUAGAAGUUAAAAAGUUGAAUUGCAUUUUUGAGUAAGAG